AUGGGGAGGCCGCCGUGCUGCGACCAGGCCGGGGUGAAGAAGGGGCCCUGGACGCCGGAGGAGGACCUCGUGCUCGUCUCCUACAUCCAGGACCACGGCCCGGGCAACUGGCGCGCCGUGCCCACCACCACCGGGCUCAUGCGCUGCAGCAAGAGCUGCCGCCUCCGCUGGACCAACUACCUCCGCCCCGGGAUCAAGCGCGGCAACUUCACCGACCAGGAGGAGAAGCUCAUCGUCCACCUCCAGGCCCUCCUCGGCAACAGGUGGGCGGCGAUCGCGUCCUACCUGCCGGAGCGGACGGACAACGACAUCAAGAACUACUGGAACACGCACCUCAAGAGGAAGCUCAAGAAGAUGGCCGCCGCCGGCGAAGGCGGGCCGGACGCCGCCGCGGCCGCGCCCAAGGGGCAGUGGGAGCGCCGCCUGCAGACGGACAUCCACACCGCGCGGCAGGCGCUCCACGACGCGCUCUCGCUGGACACGUCGUCCACGCUCCCGACAGGGCCACAACAGCCGCAGCCGCUGGCGGUGGCGGCGGCGCCGAAGGCGACGUACGCGUCCAGCGCCGACAACAUCGCGCGGCUGCUGGAGGGCUGGAUGCGGCCCGGGGACGGCGGGUGCAAGGCUUCGUCCUCCGGGUCUCCGUCGGCAGGGUCCGUGUCCGGCGACGGCGCGUCGGCCAGCCACUGCGGCAUGGCGGCGGCGACACCGGACGGCUCCGCGGUGACGAGCAGGACGGAGGACGGCCGCGCGCCCGCCGCGGCGCCGGUCCUCUCCACUCUGGAUUGGAACUGGCUGCUCGAUGACGGCAUGGGACAUGGCGGUGUGGGGCUCGUGGACGUGCCACUCAGGGACCCCGGUCACUUCUUCUGAAGAAACAAGCCAAUCAUGCAGUAGAUCGGGGUCCUUGGUAGUAAUCCAGAUCAUCACAACCUCGUGUCGGUCUAGUUUGGUUUAUCUAGCUUCUGCUUCGUUCUGUUUUAGGGUUUGGAAUACUAAUCAUAUAUAUGUGUCUAUACUAAUCCAUGGUGGUGACUGGAUGAAAGGUAACGAUUCAGUCCUGAAAUAGAUGGAGGUGGC